AUCGUUUGAAAGGCGGCCGGAGGUUCGCUCGACGUCUGCGUUGCUGUGUCAGUUGUGCGCGAGUUUUAAGUCGAUUUCCGGGCGCUGCUUGGCUCGAUGGCGACGUGUUUUACAUAUUACGAGCGCGAUCAACUCUACUGAUGCGUCCGAGGUCUCAUCGUCGACGACGGUGUUGCGUGCCCGGUUGUGUGACUGUGAGUGCGAGGCCAGUGAUUUCGCGCCGAUGUGUGUGUGACGCCUAGGAGCGAGCAAUCCUCGAGCGAACAACAGGUAGCCACCAUCACCAGGCUCGGCAUCGGCCGGGCGCUCUUCUUUGUUCGACAUGACAGCAAACACCGGAGAGCUCCGUGCAGCGCCAGGAUUUUAAACGGCACUCCUCUGUGGAUAAACAACGGAGAUUAGAUGCCAAUUGCACACCAGGAGGGCCGAUGGUGAGGCAGCGGCUGUGCAGGGGGGCCCUGCAGCUGCUCCUGCUGCACCUCUGCGUGAUCGCCUCUGCGUCCCGCCGGAGAGGAGCGGAUCCUCCACGGUACAGGACAGCGUAUGCGUGCGAGGGCUCCCAGCUGCGCAUCUCGUGCGAUGAGGGCCACCUGGUUCAGCUGAUCCGUGCCAACUAUGGCCGCUUCUCUAUCUCAAUCUGCAACGAGCAUGGCACACUUGACUGGAGCGUCGACUGCAUGUCUCCCCGCUCCUUUCGGGUGAUGCAACAGAGCUGUGACGUGAAGAAAGGUUGUACACUGCCGGCAUCAACAGACGUGUUUGGCGACCCUUGUCCUGGCACCCUCAAGUACCUUGAAGCCCAUUACCAGUGCAUUCCUGCUGAACUAACGACGGCUGGCAGUGUGGUGGUGAAGCCGACACUGCCCACUCCUGGGGCGGCCGGAGACCUGCUGCCACCCACGCUAGGCCCCGAGAAACAAGACGACCGUGUAGCACCCAGGACACCCCCACCACUGCCAGCUGUGUACCAGAGUCCGGUGGACUUGAGCACCACUACUGUGGUUCCCACAGAAACUGCUGCCGUUGAAAUGUCCAGCAUGUCCACACUGGAGCUGCUGUACUGCCAGCCAGUGAUAGCGAGAGACAUCUUCUGGAACUGGACUCGUGCUGGCGACGUGGCCGUCUACCCUUGUCCGGGAGGCUCUAAAGGUGAUGCCAGGUGGCAGUGUGGUGUGAAUCCUGUCAAGUGGUUGUCCGAUAGGCCAGACUUGAGCGGCUGCAAUUCUUUUUGGGUCGGAGACCUGGAACAGAGGAUUUCGGGUGGCACUUCUGUGGUGAAUCUGGGCAGUGAGCUCUCACAGAAGACACGUGUCAAGUCACUGUACGGCGGAGACUUGCUGCACAUGACCAGCAUAGUGCAGCAGCUGCUCUCCAAGAUGGAAGACGAGCUGGACCAGGCAUCAGAUAGCUACCAGCGACAGCAAGUCGUUGAAGAGCUCAUGAAUUCGGUAGUGGACUUCAGCAGCAACCUUCUGGAGCGCCACCAAGCUGGUGCGUGGGCCGACCUGCCGCCCAUGGAGCAGAGGGCAGCUGCCUCGUCACUCCUUGAGGGGCUCGAACGUAAUGCCAUGCUCAUGGUGAAAAGCCACAGCACCAACCUCAACUACAGCCGCCUCCAGAAUAACAUCAUGGCAACUGUCAAGGUCCAGAGCAUUCAGAGUGUCACAGACAUGACAUUUCCAGACCCAUCUAUCGUUCGAGGAACAUCCUGGUCAGAUUCAGGGGAUUCCAUCUAUCUCCCAUACAAGACACUCCUGGAAAGUGCCAGAAAUGGUGUGGUGAAGGUGGCCUUCUUCUCGUACCGCCAAAUGGAAUCCAUUCUUUUGGCUUCCAAUCCGACAGAAGCCGUGUCAAACAACACAGUGCGCCUGGUCAACUCCAGAGUGGUGGCGGCUGCUCUGGGGAGACGCAGAGUUCUCGGUCUUACUCAGCCAGUUCUCAUUACACUCAGGCAUAGCCAGGAGGAAAAUGUCAGCGAUCCCCAGUGUGUUUUCUGGGACUUCAGCAAAAGGGAUUGGUCUCAGCAUGGCUGUUGGGUGGAAGCUUCCAAUGCGACUCACACUGUGUGUGCUUGUGACCACCUCACAAACUUCGCGGUCCUCAUGGACGUGAGAUCUGUCAAGCUGACACACUCAAAUCAAGUGGCCCUGCAAGUGAUCACCUAUGCUGGCUGUUUUGUUUCCAUCGUCUGCCUCAUCCUCACCAUAAUUACGUACCAGUUAUUCAGGGGCCUGAAGAGUGAGCGAAUGUUGAUCCACAAGAACCUGUGCAUCUGCCUGCUGGUUGCGGAAGUAGUCUUUGUGGCCGGCAUCUCGCAGACUGCGCAGCGCACCCUGUGCGGUAUCAUCGCUGGCCUGCUUCACUACUUUUUUCUGGCCGCUUUCCUGUGGAUGUUCCUCGAGGGUUUCCAACUGUAUGUCAUGCUCAUCGAGGUGUUUGACUCGGAGAAGUCGCGCCUCGGCUGGUACUACGCACUUGCGUAUGGAUUGCCCGCCCUGGUCGUGGCCGUGGCAGCCACUAUCGAUCCUGCCAGUUACGGCACGCCACAACAUUGCUGGCUUCGCACUGACAACUACUUCAUCCUGAGCUUCAUAGGGCCCGUGGUCGCCAUUCUUCUGGCAAAUGUGGUGUUUCUCAGCAUUGCCGUAUACAUGAUGUGUCAUCAUUCUAGCCUAGCUAGCUCAGUGAAGAAUAAAGAACACUCUAAAAUGGCCAACUUCAGGAUCUGGAUCCGCAGUGCGGCCGUGCUGGUUGUUUUGCUCGGUCUCACAUGGGGGUUUGGCCUGCUCUAUCUCAGCGCCGAGUCGGUGGCCAUGGCAUACCUGUUCACCUUUCUCAACAGCUUGCAGGGCCUCUUCAUCUUCGUCUUUCACUGCCUUAGGAACGACAAGGUGCGCAAGGAGUACAAGCAGCUGGUGGAGCACUGGCCGUGGUUGCCAACGUGCCUGCGCAGUGAGAAGUCCUCGGAAGGGCCAUCAUUCACGCACUCUAAUGGCACCACCCACUCGGCCCCAUCCUGUGGAGGAGGACUGCCCCCCAGUCUUGAAAGCCAGUUUUGGUGCCCACCCAAGAACUCGGAUUCUGUUGUCACACAAUCAUCCUCAAUUAGGUCAACUACACUAGGAGGUCAUCCAUCUACAAGAAUACCUCUGGACACGCGCACCACUCCACGAGCACGUGGCGCCAUCCUGGUUCUUCCGCGGCCGAGUGGCUGCGACGGCGAGUUGGGCUUCAUGGCGGAUGACUGCGACGGCAACGAGCCGCAUCCACCGCCGUAUGGCCACUACCGCAACCCAGACGUGUACCUGGACCACAUUUACGAGACCAUCGACCCAGACGAGUCUCUUUCGGCACGGGGCUUUGAGGGCCACCCCGAAGAAGAGCACCACUCGCGGAGCCGCUCGGACGUCAGCCAGUCCGGCUCUUCCAGCAUGCUUGGCUGCGACCGAAGGCCGCUCAUCCGGCAUGCCUUCCAUGAGCGGACCGAGCCCGCCGCGGAGCUCGCCUCUGCCGAUCCGGCGCUCGUAAUGGCGGUCUUUGAAGGCAACCGCGUCAAAUGCAGGCUUCAGCUUGUCGACGGCCGGCCGACCGUGACAAAGCACCCCUGCCAGCCGUCGGCACAUCUCAGCACGGACUGCUGACGCCUUCGGCAAUAUCGGAGUAGCGUGCCCCAGUGCUUGUGCGUGAUAGCAUGUACAUAGCUGAACACAUUAUUUUUCACAUGUACGCUGUUUACUACGCGAAUCAGUGAUGGUAUGUGCCUGCGUUGUGCCUGUGUGUUUCUCCAGAAUACGGCACGUGUUUCACCGAAGGUGUUCUGUGGUUACAAAGCAAUGCUCAGCAGCUGUCAGUGCUGCCCUCCUUCCAGUUUGCUAAUUCUUCAAUAUUGUGAGACACUUCCAUCAGCGACAGUUCCUAGGUUCUCUUCUCACUCUCCAUACCUUGCGAGACAUUCAGAGAGACCUCUCGAGGUGUCUUGCUCACUACGUGCCAGGCAAAUGCCACUAAUUCUCUCGAGAAGUGUGUGUGUGCGUGCAAUGUCUCAUCAGUCACCGCCGUCCUUCUUUUGCUAUCAGAACAGCAGAUUGUCCAGAGUUCUUGCAAUUUAUGUCUCAGUGUUGCCCAUCAUUCGAUGUUGUUUGGAAAAUGCCCUAGUCGUCUUAUUGCAACAUUAAAAAAAUGAACGACACUGUGAUGGUUGUAUUAAAUGUGCUUAUCAAAGCCUUUCCAUGCGUGUUGAUGGUCAGAACUCAGUCUUGUGCUGUUCUUUAUCAUUCUUAACUUAAGGUGGUAAUUUAUUGUGCUACUAAUUAAAAAUUUAUGAUCGAUG